GCAGAUAUGGAGCACGUCUGCGUGAAGUCGGGGGUGGAGCGCGGACCGAAGAAAGGCAACGGCAUGUCGGGCACAGGAGGCCCGCAUGACUGCUCGCUCCUUGUCGAUCGCAGUCGAGUAGUGACUGUACACUGCCAGCUUCCGCUGCGCGGCUUGUUCCUGAAGCUCGACAAAUGAUGAGCUGCCCGCCAGUCGUGGCACAGCGGCUUCUGCUUCUUGCAAGAGUUGAGCAUGGCGCGAGACGCUGAUGUAGUUGACCAAGUUGGGGUCUUCGUAUCCCGGCUUUGUGUAGUAGUCGGCGAUGUGAAUCGAACCAGCGACGGUGAGGAAGGUGCGCGUCCAGGCAGCGACGUUGUCCCAGUCUUGGAGCCGCUCCCGCGGGUACGUUGACGCGUCCAUAGCAACCAGUUGGAUCGCACUCGGAUUCUGUGGUAUCCGGAAACCCACACAGAUGGAAACUAAUUCAUUAUCCGGAUAUCCCUGAAAUUUGCUGCCAACGAACCAGACAGACAGAGCAUGGGCAAGUGCUCCAAGGACAAGCGCGACAUAUACUAUCGCAAGGCCAAGGAACAGGGCUAUCGAGCACGAUCCGCCUUUAAGCUUCUUCAGCUCGAUGAUACUUUCCGCCUACUUCGCGGUGCCACGCGCGUCGUCGACCUCUGCGCUGCACCUGGCGGUUGGACGCAAGUCAUCUCUGAGCGACUGCCCCUGGCGACGGCUGGCGACGUGAGCAUCGUAGCGGUUGACCUCAUGGAGAUGGCGCCACUGCCUAAUGUCGUGCAGAUCCAAGGUGACAUCACAGCGCAGGCGACGGCGGACGCGAUCAUUGCCGAGUUCCAUGGCGCGAAAGCCCAAGUCGUUGUCAGUGAUGGUGCCCCGGACGUUCUCGGCCUCCAUGACCUUGACGAGUACCUCCAAGCGCAGCUCGUGCUGGCUGCACUCAACAUCAGCUUGAAUGUGCUAGAAGAGGGGGGUACUUUCGUUGCCAAGAUCUUUCGUGGCAAGGAGGUAUCGCGCCUCUACGCACAGCUUGCGCUUUUUUUCGAGUCGGUUGUCUGUGCCAAACCCAAGGCAAGCCGCAACUCGAGCUUUGAGAGUUUUGUUGUGUGCAAGAACCUGCGGAUUCCAAAAGGAUACACGCCAUCGAUGGAGCUCAGCUUGUUCGACCUGCCAUACGAGACCGAGGUGGGCCGCGUGGCGGGGUCGACCCACGUGGCUUUCCAGUCGUGCGGCGACGUCGAUGGCUGGGACGCUGACCAGUCGUAUCCAAUGGACGAUGCCGAUGUGCACCACGAGCCGCUGCAGCGCCCGAUCAACCCACCGUAUGCACUGGCGCAAAAAACGGUUUAAAACCAAAUGAACUUCAUGGACGAUCUCA